GGACCCGGAUUUAAAGGGCCCGCGGCCCCUGGCGGCGUGCGGCUUGCGGAGGUGCCCCUCCCCCACCCGGGGCCGCCCCGGGACCCCCAGGACCCCGGACGAGCCGCAUGCGGUGGGCGUUCCCGGCCUCGCUCCUCGUCCGGCGGACCGUCGGAGCCCCCGGCCCCCCGGCCCCCCGGCCCGGCGCCAUGGCGGAGCAGCGCUACUGCGUGGACUACGCCAAGCGGGGCACGGCCGGCUGCAAGAAGUGCAAGGACAAGAUCGCCAAGGGCGCCUGCCGCAUCGGCAAGGUGGUGCCCAACCCCUUCUCCGAGUCGGGCGGCGACAUGAAGGAGUGGUACCACGUCAGGUGCGUGUUCGAGAAGCUGGAGCGCGCCCGGGCCGCCACCAAGAAGAUCGAGGACCUGACGGAGCUGGAGGGCUGGGAGGAGCUGCGCGAGCCCGAGAGGGGGCACAUCCGACAGCUGGUCGCAGAUCUCGCCUCCAAGACCGCGGGCACCCCCAAGAAGAAGGCCACGGUCCAGGCCAAGCUGACCGCCUCCGGGGAGGUCGUGUCCCCGCGGAAGGGAGUCGCCCCCGUGACCGACGGUAACCCCCGCAAGUUCUCCGGUUUCACGGCCAAGCCCGGCCCGGGGCCCGACGCCCCCUCCGGCUCGGCCGCCCCCGGCCCGGCGGCCCGGCGCUGCGACCGGACCCACAGGGACUGCCUGCUGCGCGAGUUCCGCAAGCUGUGCGCCAUGGUGGCCGACAAGCCCGGCUACAACGCCAAGACGCAGAUCAUCCAGCACUUCCUGCAGAAGGGGGCGGGUGGAGACGGAUUCCACGGCGACGUGUACCUGACGGUGAAGCUCUUACUGCCGGGCGUCAUCAAGAGCGUUUACAACCUGAACGACAAGCAGAUCGUGAAGCUGUUCAGCCGCAUCUUCCAGUGCAGCCAGGAGGACAUGGUGCGGGACCUGGAGCAGGGAGACGUCUCGGAGACGGUGCGCAUCUUCUUCGAGCAGAGUCGCUCCUUCCCGCCGGCGGCCAAGAGCCUGCUGACGCUGCAGGAGGUGGACGAGGGGCUGCUGCGGCUGUCCAAGCUGACCAAGGAGGACGACCAGCAGAACCUGCUGAGGGACCUCGCCUCCAGGUGCACGGCCAACGACCUCAAAUGCAUCGUGCGGCUCAUCAAACACGACCUGAAGAUGAACUCGGGGGCGAAGCACGUGCUGGACGCCCUGGACCCCAACGCCUACGAGGCCUUCAAGGCGUCCCGCGACCUCCGCGACGUGGUGGAACGCGUCCUGCGCAACCAGCGGGAGGCCGAGAAGGGGCCGGGCCUCCGGCGGACGCUCAGCGUGCAGGCCUCGCUCCUGACCCCCGUGCAGCCCAUGCUGGCCGAGGCCUGCAAGUCCAUCGAGUACGCCAUGAAGAAGUGCCCCAACGGCAUGUACUCGGAGAUCAAGUACGACGGCGAGCGGGUCCAGGUGCACAAGAGCGGCGACCACUUCAGCUACUUCAGCCGCAGCCUCAAGCCCGUCCUCCCCCACAAGGUGGCCCACUUCAAGGACUACAUCCCCCGGGCCUUCCCCGGGGGCCACAGCAUGAUCCUCGAUGCCGAAGUGCUGCUCAUCGACACCAACACGGGCAAGCCCCUGCCCUUCGGCACCCUCGGGGUGCACAAGAAAGCCGCCUUCCAGGAUGCCAAAGUCUGCCUGUUUGUGUUCGACUGCAUCUACUUCAAUGACGUCAGCUUGAUGGACAGGCCCCUGCAGGAGCGGCGGCGGUUCCUCCAGGACAACAUGGUGGAGAUCCCCGACCGCAUCCUCUUCUCGGAAAUGAAGCACGUCACGAGAGCGUCGGACCUGGCCGACAUGAUCAACAGGGUGAUCCGGGAAGGGCUGGAGGGCCUCGUGCUCAAGGACGUCAAGAGCACGUACGAGCCGGGAAAGCGGCACUGGCUGAAAGUGAAGAAGGACUACCUGAACCAGGGCGCCAUGGCCGACACGGCCGACCUGGUGGUCCUCGGCGCCUUCUACGGGCAGGGGAAUAAAGGCGGCAUGAUGUCCAUCUUCCUCAUGGGCUGCUACGACCCCCGGGCCCAGCGGUGGUGCACGGUCACCAAGUGCGCCGGGGGCCACGACGACGCCACCCUCGCCCGCCUCCAGAAGGAGCUGGACGUGGUCAAGAUCAGCAAGGACCCCGGUAAGAUCCCCGCCUGGCUCAAGAUCAACAAGAUCUACUACCCCGACUUCAUCGUGCCCGAUCCCAAGAGAGCGCCCGUGUGGGAGAUCACCGGCGCCGAGUUCUCCAGGUCCGAGGCCCACACGGCCGACGGCAUCUCCAUCCGCUUCCCCCGCUGCACCCGCAUCCGCGACGACAAGGACUGGAAGUCGGCCACCAACCUCCAGCAGCUCAAGGAGCUGUACCAGCUGUCCAAGGAGAAGGCCGACUUCACCGUGACGGCCCCGGAGGAGGGCGGCUCGGGCAGCGGCGGGGAGGAGGAGGGCGAUUCGGGACCCUCCCCGCCCCCCCGGGCCGCCGAGACGGCGGCCGGCGAGCCCCCGGCCGGGAAAUCUCCGGGGAGACCGGGCGCCGCCCGGAGCGGAGAGGGUGAGGACGGCGCCUACCCGUCGUCCCGUCCCGGGACCGCCCGGGGCCGGAGGGGGGGUGCGUGUGGCCGGACGCGUUCCGUGGGAUCGCGUCUCGGGGGGAGGCCGGGAGCCGAGGCCGCCUCGUGCCCAUCGCCCCCCGAGCCCGCGCCCCUCCACCCCCCGGGCGCCGCCGUGAGAUCCUCCGCGGAGAAGGCGCCGGAACCGCGAGGGGUGAAGCGAAGAGCCCCCGAGGACGGGGAGGGUCGGGCCGAGACGUUACUGGACAUCUUCACGGGGGUCCGGCUCUACCUGCCCCCGUCCACCCCGGACUUCGGACGGCUCCGGCGCUACUUCGUGGCCUACGACGGGGACCUGGUCCGGGAGUCGGACGCGGCGUCGGCCACGCACGCGGUGGGCGCCGGGGACGGGAGCCCCGCGGCCCGGCGCGUCUCUCCCGAGUGGAUCUGGGCCUGCGUCCGCAAGCGCGGGCUGGUGGCCCCCCGCUGAGGAGGCCGAGGCCCCGGCCGGCUCCGACCGUCCCCGCCCCCGCGGUCCGCGCCGCCCCCCGGCGGAGGGGGCAGCGGGCUCGGGGAGGGGCGCGUUCCCGCUUGGAGGGUUUGGGGCAUUUUUCCAGAUGGACGAGAGCUCGCCCCCGCCACGGAUUUAAGCUGUUUUCUACAAAGACGGGGGCUCCGCGGCCCGCCCGGGGGCUCGUCCCCGGGGCGGCCGGACCAAAUAAACUCACCCUGAAGAAGC